AGAGAGAGAGAGAGAGAGAGAGAGAGAGAGAGAGAGCUUUUUCAGACCGAUUAUAACCAGAAAAGAGAGGGAGAGGGAGGAAGACAGAUUAAACAGACUGAACACAACUGUUGUUUUAAUCCCCUGAGCGGAUAGAUUUAGAGGAAAAAAACUACUGGUUUGGGGAAGAGCAGCCAUAUUGCAUGGACCUUUGGUGGAAUAACAAGACUAGAAAUACGAGGACUUCAGGAGCGGACGCUACUUGUGACUCUCUCCUAUUUAUUAUUUCUUUGUUUUGUUUUUAGAUAGUGUUAACCAAUAACUCGAAAGAUGAAGGACCGACUGGAGCAACUAAAGGCGACAUGCGAUCAUGAUGAUGAAGAUGUUGAGAUCGCCGUGGACAACCCUGCCUUUAUGGAUGAGUUCUUUUCCCAGAUUGAAGACAUCAGGCACAGCAUUGAUAAGAUCGACGAGAAUGUGGCCGAAGUGAAGAAACUUUACUCAGUUAUUCUUUCUGCACCAACAUCUGACCAGAAAACACAGGAUGAUUUGGAGGCACUUACUAAUGAUAUCAAGAAAAUGGCCAACAAUGCUCGUAACAAACUAAAGACCAUCGAAAGGAAUCUCGAGAUGGAAGAAGUGGAAAGAGUAUCGGCUGACAUGAGAAUACGCAAAUCCCAGCAUGCUGUACUUUCCAGGAAGUUUGUUGAUGUGAUGACCAAAUACAAUGAAGCUCAGUUGGACUUCAGAGAGAAAAGCAAAGGUCGCAUUCAGAGACAAUUAGAGAUCACUGGUAAAUCCACAACUGAUGAGGAGCUGGAGGAGAUGCUGGAGGGAGGAAAUGCAGCCGUUUUCACAGCAGGGAUUGUGGAUUCAGGGAUUUCCAAACAAGCGCUGAGUGAGAUUGAAGCGCGUCACAAAGACAUUGUGCGUCUGGAGAGCAGCAUAAAGGAGCUGCAUGACAUGUUUGUGGACAUUGCCAUGCUGGUGGAGAGCCAGGGCAACAUGGUUGAUAACAUUGAGGUGAAUGUAGGUAAAGCAGUCGAUCAUGUUGAAGCGGCAAAGACUGAAACCAAGAAAGCAGUCAGGUAUCAGAGUAAAGCACGGAAGAAAAUCAUUAUUAUAGUGUCUGUGGUUAUGGCAGUUUUGGCAGUUAUUGCUUUGAUAGUGGGUUUAUCUGUAGGUCUAAAAAAAUAAAGGCUCUGGUGAGUAAAUUUCAGAGGAGCAUGUGUAAGGUUUGGGAACUGGGAAUGGUGUGGGUGUUUGAUAUUAUGCAGACAUGGAGCUGGUGACCGGGAUUUUAGCUGAUCUUCUCUAGUCUUCCUCAGGGGUGUAAAGCAUGCUUUCUCUGGGCUUUGGGAUCUCCCGAGAAUCGUUUUGUUUGGUUGUGUGAUGUCAGUUUUUAUGUUCUCUGUGCGUUUUGGUUCCAUUAGGCUCUGUUUGUUAUGGUGGUGAAGGGUUGAAGACUUUAGAUGUUUGCUGUUGGAUUAAUGGAUCGUGUUUUGUUUGGUCUCUUGUAGAAGAUGAUCAUACUGGGUGUGAUUGGUGCUGUGGUGCUCAUCAUCAUCCUCAUCAUCAUCCUCACACAGGUUCUCUGAUAACCUCUGUGGCUGCUCAUGAACUCUUUGUUAUUAUAGAAGAUCAUUUCCUCCACUCCUUUCCAUCCUCCCUGUUUUUCCUUGGAAGCACGUCAAGAUGAAAGCUCCGCCCCCUGCCCCUGUGGCCCCUCCCUUCAUCAGCACAAACCAAUGGGAAUCGACUCUGCUGGAUCCCUAGUGGUGGUCAAGGAAACAGAUUGUGUUUUAUUGUAAGGACGUGAUGGGAAAUGUUGAAGGAACUUCUAUUACAUGCCAGGAAUGGCGUUUGAAGGAAGCACAUUUUAAAUCCAUGAGCACAGAAUAAAGGACUUUUAUGAGACUUAGAAAGGUAACCUCCAUUUUUUAAGACACAUCUAUGGCUACAUCUGCUGGUUGAGCUACUGAACUGUUCCUGAUCAAAAGGGCUCUAUUUUGGAUCCCUGUGAAGUGAACACAAUAAUCUAAGUUUUGAUGGGUCGUCCAGAAUGGAAGAAAUCCACAUGUGUAUGUUUUUAAUGUGAUGAACGUUUGUAUGGGAAUUAACCAAUGGAAUAAAUUGCGUUAUAUGUUUUCUAAGUAUUUUGUUAAUAUUUGAGAAAUUAAUGGAUGGAUCCAUGGUAAUCAUCAUAUAACUGUGAUUAUUUAUAUAAUAAAUCAUAUUAAUAUAUAA